CUCUUGGCUCGAUUUGUAAAUGUCCUGACACAGAGGACUGAGCCUGGAGUCGGCACUGAGGCUUCACCCAUCAGGUGUACUCUGCUGGGUACGCCUCGUUCACCUGCGUUCUCAAAGGACGGGGACUUUCUCAUCGGAGGGGUUUCCUCUAUUCAUUACCAACUUUACGCAGUGAUUUAUAAUUACACCACCAAGCCUGAGCCUCCGAGAUGCACAGGGAGUUUCAAUGCUCGGGGGCUGCGUUUCUUCCGCACAAUGAUCUUUGCCAUUGAGGAGAUUAACAACAGCACAGAGCUGCUGCCCGGCAUCAAACUGGGAUAUCGUCUCUAUGAUUCCUGCGUCUCGGUUCCUGUCUCGGUGCAUGUUGCUUUUCAGCUGUCAAACGGUCAGGACCCUGUGGUUUACACAGGAGAUAAUUGUUCUCAGUCUGGAGUGGUGGUGGCUGCUGUGGGAGACUCUGGAUCCUCUCCAUCCAUCAGCAUGUCACACAUCAUGGGGCCCUUCAACAUUCCUCUGGUGAGCCACUUUGCCACUUGUGCCUGCCUUUCAAACAAACAACAGUUCCCGACUUUUUUCAGAACGAUUCCCAGUGACCAUUACCAAGCUGACGCACUGGCCAAAUUGGUGAAACACUUUGGAUGGACGUGGAUAGGAGCCGUCCAUUCUGACUCAGAUUAUGGAAAUAAUGGCAUGGCUUCUUUUCUUGAAGCUGCACUGAGAGAGGGGAUCUGUGUGGAGUACAUUGAAUCAUUUUUUAGAACCAACCAACAGAGCAAGAUCAGAAGAGUUGCAGACGUUAUCCGUAGAUCCACAGCGAUGGUUGUGGUGGCAUUUACAGCCUCUGGUGAUAUGAAAGUCCUUCUAGAAGAACUGGCUCGGGAUCCUCCUCCACCUCGUCAGUGGAUCGGGAGUGAAUCUUGGGUAACAGAUCCACUCUUGAUGAGCUUCAGUUUCUGUGAAGGAGCCAUCGGAGUUGCCAUUCAGAAGUCUGUCAUCCCAGGUCUGAGAGAUUUCCUCCUGGAUCUCUCUCCAUCUGAAGUGGCUGCUUCCCCACUGCUGACUGAGUUCUGGGAGGAUGCAUUCAACUGCAGCCUCACAACAACUGCUGAUCCAAACAAGAGAGUGUGUGAUGGAACUGAAGAUCUAAAAACCCUUAAGAGUCCGUACACUGAAACGUCUCAGUUAAGAGUUUCUAACAUGGUGUACAAGGCUGUUUAUGCUGUAGCACAUGCCAUUCACAAUGCAGUGUGUCAGAAAAAAAGAACAUCAAUUCAAUAUGACGACCAUAUCAGAAUGGAGCCCAAACAGGUUCUUAAAGAAUUAAAGGAAGUGAACUUCUCCAAGAACGGUUAUCAUGUCUCAUUUGAUGCUAAUGGAGAUCCUGUGGCUUUUUAUGAACUUGUAAACUGGCAGAAAAGUGAGAGUGGAGUUAUUGAACUGGUGACAGUGGGAUAUUAUGAUGCUUCACUGCCAAGAGGCCAGGAGUUUCAUAUCAACAGAAACAUAACAUGGCUGGAUGGUGGAACACAAGUUCCAGUGUCAGUUUGUUCAGAGAGUUGUCCUCCAGGAACUCGCAAAGUGUUGCAGAAAGGAAAACCAAUCUGCUGCUAUGACUGUAUACCAUGUCCUGAAGGAGAGAUCAGCAACAUGACAGAUUCCCCUGAUUGCUUCCCAUGCUCCAGAGAAUUCUGGCCAAAUCCAAAGAGAGAUGCUUGUUUCCACAAACCUGUUGAGUUUCUUUCCUUUGAUGACGUUCUGUCAAUCAUCCUGACUGUAGUGUCAAUCAGUGGAGCCUUUCUGGCCGUCAUAACAGCCGUAAUUUUCUUCCAUCACAGAACAACUCCAAUUGUCAGAGCCAACAACUCUGAGCUGAGUUUCCUGCUGCUCUUCUCUCUGACUCUGUGUUUCUUAUGUUCAUUAACUUUCAUUGGAGCCCCCUCUGAGUGGUCCUGCAUGCUGCGGCACACAGCGUUUGGCAUCACAUUUGUUCUCUGUAUCUCCUGCGUUCUUGGCAAAACUAUAGUGGUUCUAAUGGCCUUUAAAGCUACACUUCCUGGUAGUAAUGCUAUGAAAUGGUUUGGUCCUCCACAGCAAAGAUUGACUGUAGUAUCUUUUACAUUUAUUCAGGUUAUAAUAUGUAUCAUUUGGUUGGUUGUGAGUCCUCCCUUCCCAGUGAAAAAUCUGACCACCUACAAGGAGAAGAUCAUCCUGGAAUGUGCGUUAGGCUCUGCUGUUGGUUUCUGGGCUGUGCUCGGCUACAUCGGCCUGCUGGCUGUGUUUUGCUUUGUGUUAGCUGUUCUAGCUCGGAAACUACCUGAUAAUUUCAACGAAGCCAAGAUGAUAACCUUCAGCAUGUUGAUAUUCUGUGCAGUCUGGAUCACCUUCAUCCCAGCUUAUGUCAGCUCUCCUGGGAAAUUUACUGUGGCUGUGGAGAUAUUUGCUAUUCUGGCCUCCAGUUUUGGACUGAUACUGUGUAUAUUUGCUCCAAAGUGUUUCAUCAUUUUGUUUCAGCCAGAAAAGAACACCAAAAAAAUAUUUGAAAAACAACUGAUGGUAAAUUAUCUAAAGAAUAGCAGCGAAAUUACAGAAGAGUAUUAUCAAUUGAAUUCCUAA